AUGGUGGAGACUGGUCCCAAUAUAGAAAAGGCAGGCCUCGCGAGAGGGGAUGAAGUUUUGUGGGAAGGUCAGCAACCAGGAAUUCGAAGGGAGUUGUCUUUCUCUGGCUGGUGUGAUGAGAAUGGUGUAUUCCAUCCAGAUCAGCUAGAAAAUGGGGAUGCAGAAGUGGAGGAUUUCCAUUUUGAAUUGUCCUUAGUUCAGCAAAGUAGAUCAAAGAAUGGGAUUUUAAACAAAGGAAGACAAGCUUUUGGUAAAUUUAAGCAAAAAAUGGAGGGUAUUCAUGCUAGAGACAUGAAUAGGCAUACAGUGGAAGAUGAAAGCAAGACCUAUGUGCCUUUCGACGUAGAAAGUGAUUCAAGGACUGUUGAGAUAGAGUCUGAAAAUGGAUUUUCAAAUAACAUCAAUCAUCAUGAAGCAUUAAAUAAGACUUCUAGAAGUGUUGUUUCUGUUGCUGAUGUGCUAAAGACAAUAUUUUUCAUUCUUGUUUGGUACACGUUCAGUACAUUUUUGACAUUGUAUAAUAAAACUCUUUUAGGUGAUGAUAUGGGCAAAUUUCCUGCUCCCUUAUUGAUGAACACUGUCCACUUCACAAUGCAAGCUGUUUUAUCAAAAGCCAUCACAUGGUUCUGGUCCCAUAGAUUCCAACCCACUGUUGUAAUGUCAUGGAGAGAUUACUUUCUUAGAGUUGUACCAACAGCACUUAGCACUGCCAUGGAUGUUAAUUUGAGCAAUGCGUCCCUUGUUUUCAUCUCAGUCACUUUUGCCACAAUGUGUAAAUCAGCAUCACCAAUCUUUCUGCUCAUAUUUGCCUUUGCAUUCAGGUUGGAGUCUCCGAGUUUUAAGCUAUUCGGCAUCAUGUUGAUCAUCUCUGUUGGUAUAUUGUUCACAGUUGCAAAGGAGACUGAGUUUGACUUUUGGGGUUUCAUCUUCGUGAUGCUUGCCGCUGUAAUGUCUGGGUUUAGAUGGACGAUGACUCAAAUUCUUCUUCAGAAAGAAGACUAUGGUCUUAAAAAUCCACUUACCUUAAUGAGCUAUGUGACUCCGGUUAUGGCAAUUGCUACGGCAUUUCUCUCUCUGUUAUUGGAUCCAUGGCAUAAGUUUAGAAGUACGGAGUAUUUUGAUAGCUCAUGGCAUAUGGUUAGAAGUGGUUUGCUGAUGCUUUUUGGUGGAACUCUUGCUUUCUUUAUGGUUCUCACAGAGUAUAUUCUUGUUUCGGUAACAAGUGCUGUAACAGUGACAAUAGCUGGGGUUGUUAAAGAGGCUGUCACUAUUUUGGUUGCGGUGUUUUACUUCCAUGAUGAGUUUACCUUUUUGAAAGGAGUUGGACUUGUUACCAUAUUGUUCGGUGUCAGUUUAUUCAACUGGUACAAGUAUCAAAAGCUGCAGAAAGAUGGCUCAUUGACCAACAGUGUUUCUUACAUCAGCAUGCCAAGCUUAGGCUUCCCCCAAGUUGUCUGGUCUGCUAACAGAAACAAUCCUGUUAAAAUCAAUGCUUCCUUGCAGCUUACUUCAGGAGGAGAUUUGGUUCUGAGGGAUGCUGAUGGUACUUUAGCUUGGUCUACAAACACCGCCGGAAAAUCUGUUGCAGGCUUAAACUUGACGGAAAGCGGAAAUCUUGUCCUGUUUGAUCACAAUAAUUCGGUUGUGUGGCAGUCUUUUGAUUAUCCAACUGAUGCUUUGGUUCCAGGCCAGACAUUAGUCCCAGGGCAGAAAUUAAGAGCCAGUGUUUCGCCUACCAACUCGAGUGAUGGAGGUUUGUUUUCUGUUUUUGUUAAUAGUUCUGGCUUGUUUGCUGUCAUAGAAUCCAAUCCUCCACAAAGCUAUUAUCAAGUCUUAGCUACAGGAUCAAAUAAUGAGUCCAACUAUGUUAAGUUUCAAAAUGGUAGCUUGGCAUUGUAUGUAAAUUCUUCUCAACGAAGUGAUCCAUAUACAUCGAUACCGCUUCCCCCAGCCUCCUCGGCGCAGUAUAUGAGACUCGGGUCUGAUGGACAUUUGAGAUUAUAUGAAUGGCAAUCUGGAUGGAAUGAAAUUGCUGAUAUCUUUACUGGCUAUCUUGGUGAGUGCAAUUACCCUAUGGUCUGCGGACAAAAUGGGAUUUGUUCGAAUGGACAGUGUAGUUGUCCUAGAUCAAGCAAUGAUUCAACAAGCUACUUCCAACAGAUAAGUGCCAGGCAGCCUAAUCUUGGCUGUUCUGCAAACAUCCCUUUGGCGUGUGAUGCAUCGCGAUAUCAUGUUUUCGAAGAGCUUCAGGAUGUGACUUACUUUACAUUCAAUGCUGAUAUUAGCAAUACAGAUAUGGAUCGUUGUAAGCAAUCAUGCCUCAGAAACUGUGCUUGUAAAGCUGCCAUAUUCCGCUAUGGUUCGAAUGCUUCCAAUGGGGAUUGCUACUUACCUUCACAGGUCUUUUCACUUAUGAACAAUGAGAAGGACAAGACUCAUUAUAAUUCCUCUGUGUUCAUGAAGGUGCAGAUUACUCCAAAUGUAUCUACUCCAGCUAAAGCUGCUUCCAAAGGUAGUAUUUCAGUUAAGGUCAUAUUGGGAUGUGUUAUUGGAGCUUUUGUUGUUUUGUGUUUUGGAAUUGGUUUGACAGUGUUCAUUGUACAGAAAAAAAGAAGAAGAAACCGCGACAUCGAAGAGGACUACUUAGAUAAUGUCCCGGGAAUGCCUACCCGAUUUCCAUUUGAGGAUUUAAAGACUGCAACUGAUGAUUUCAGCAAAAAGCUGGGUCAGGGAGGAUUUGGAUCAGUUUUUGAAGGAGUACUUAAAGAUGGUACCAGAGUUGCAGUAAAAUGUCUUGAUGGAAUUGGUCAAGUUAAGAAGUCAUUUCUGGCCGAGGUUGAAACCAUAGGGAACGUUCAUCAUGUUAAUUUGGUUAGAUUGGUAGGUUUCUGUGCAGAGAAAUCUCACAGGCUUUUAGUUUAUGAAUACAUGAGCAAUGGAUCAUUAGAAAAGUGGAUCUAUAAGGGAGGCCAAGAGAUUUCCCUUGAUUGGAAAUCUAGAAGAAGAAUAGUCCUUGACAUAGCAAAGGGUCUAGCUUAUCUCCAUGAAGAUUGUAGGCAAAAAAUCAUUCACCUAGAUAUAAAGCCACAAAACAUUCUUCUGGAUGAAAAAGACCAGAGUCAAGUUGUAACCACAAUGAGGGGUACUCCUGGCUAUCUGGCGCCCGAGUGGCUUUCUUCAAUUAUCACAGAAAAAGUAGAUGUUUACAGCUUCGGCGUGGUGAUGUUGGAAAUCUUGUGUGGAAGGAAGAUUUUGGACAGAAGCGAGCCAGAUGAACGGAUGCAUUUGCUUAAUCUUUUCAAGAAGAAAGCGGAGGAGAAGAAUUUGUCUGAUAUGAUUGAUCACAGUAGUGAAGAUAUGCAGUCCAAUAAGGACGAAGCCAUGGAGCUAAUGCGGGUCGCUGCAUGGUGUCUGCAAAGUGAUUAUACGAGUCGGCCUUCAAUGUCUGUGGUGGUUAAGGUAUUGGAAGGGUUUAUGAAAGUUGCUGAUGUCUUUAGCGGCUCUAUGGAUCCCAAGGAGCCUAAUCAUGGGUGUUCUGCAAACAUUCCUUUGUCCUGUAAUGCUUCUCAAUAUCACAGUUUGAGAAUCAUGCCUGAAGACCUUGCACCUCAUGGCCAGCGUACUUUCGACACGGACUCAUUUGGUUAUGAUCGCUUAGGCGAGAUUGCCCAGGUUGCUGAGCGGGCGUUGUCGGUCAAUGCAACGAAUGUUAGUUCGCUAGAUGGCCAGUCGAUACAUUACACGAGUAACUUUCUUUCGAGUAUGUUCGAGGGUGUUGCGGGUCAGCAUCAGCCUGAUGACCCAGCUGGAGGUGAGCGUGAGAGUCAGGGUGAAGAUGAGGCUGAGGAUGCAGACCAGGAUGAUCAGUUUGAGGGUCAGGGUUAUCAGCGCCAUGAGGAGCAGGGGUCGAGUCAGACUCUAGGGACUCCACCGUUGGCUGUGAGUAAAGGCCAGAGAGUGACGAAGGAGCCCGAUAGAUUGACUUAUAGCUAUUUCCGGGCUAAAAAGCCCAAGAAGAAGUAG